CAGUUGUUGCAAGGAGAUUUCUCACGCAUUGUUCUCCAACCCCGUGCAGGAACUUUACAAGAGCGGAACGAAGCUGGCACUUGGACAGCCACACGCUGCGCCAAGGUCUCCAAAUUUGCACAGCCUCAACAUAGCCCCGUUUGCGUUUGGUGAUAAUUUACUUAAAGGCAACGCAUAUCUGAUAUUCGGAAUGCUUUUGCAAUAUACGCUCCUUAGCUCGACUUCGGCGUCAUGGGGAAGCGUGUUUUAAACAACGAUACCAAUCGGCGAUACUCUUCCCACAGGCGGCCCCGGCUGCUGGGAUUCGCUAUGGGGACGGCAAUGUGGGUAUCGAGCGCUGCAACAAGCACUUCGAUUCUUGCAUUGCAACCCCACCCAACCGGGAACGAUGUUCUCAGGAGAUGGCAAAGCCGGAAGUUUAUUAGUCAACAAGUGAAAAACAUACCAGACUCGGUACUCUUCACUGGCAUCGCACUCUGCUCGGCACUCUAUGCUGCUUCUUGCAUGCACGUUUACCACACAGCCCCAAGGUCCGUGUCGAUUACGUUGACAGCGUGUAUUCUCUUAGUCUUUUUGGAAACAGUUUGGAAUGGCCUUAAUGUGACACCUGUAGAAAGGCUAGCUGUUGUUUUGCCGAGCCUGGUCAACAUUGGACUUAGUUGGAUACUUGUUCAUCAAUCGAGAGAACUACCCAAAAUUGUUCUGGAAGGGCUCGAACCAGAGGUGUGACAGAAAUAGCUACAGCGCACCUUGCUCUCCCCAGUCUUCUCCACUCUUAGUCCAUGCGGGCAUACUAGUGGAGACAGAGCUGAGAAGAACCCAAACUCCCUGCACCAUAUACGUUAUCAAUAGAUAUAUAACCCAGUUGUUUUAAACCUCUUUUCUCGGCGUGAAGCAAGCAACAAGCAUGGUCGAGUUUUGAAUGACAUUGGCUGCAUGCGCGAGUUGCCUGAUGAGCUUCAUAGUCUGUGGCGCUGAUCGCGGGGUCGGAGCUAGCUGAAUUGCAAGAAGCCUGGGCGGGCUGUUACUUGUUCUCCCUCAGUCCAUUUCGCCAACUGUAUUGUGCUUGGGUCUUCGAUACGCGAACUUUGGUGACAGGAUGU